CACAACAGACAAGACGCUGUUCGAACGGAGGAUUUCAGUCCGUCGCACCGAUCUGCCUCCCCGGAACCGGUUCCACAAUAAAUACCAUCCAAUGUGCGCCGCACCCGCACCUUAGUAAAAUGAUGGAAAACGGAAGUACCGCAAACCGGGAAUCGCCACAGCAAAUAGUUUGUCGCUUCUGUUUGCGACACAAUCCUCAAAUGACUCCGCUCGGAGCAAUCCACAGUCGACAGAGCACGUUUCUCGAGAAAGUCUACCAGUGCACUCAAAUCAACAUCAUAGACCUGGAUGAAUUGCACACCUGGGUUUGCGAAGGUUGUUCACAGAAUAUCGAAAAGUUCUACUGCUUUCGAAAAAUGCUGCAGCAAAACCUGGUCGAUUUCAACGAACGUUUUCGGGCGGAACAAAAGGACAACAGCUCGGAGGAGGACUGGAAGGACCAACAGCUGCUGGAAGUGUUGUACAAUGACUUCAGCGAUUGGGACGAUUGUUACGAAAUCGGCCAGUCGGAUUCGGAAUUCGAACCGGUGGGUCGAAGCUGGACCCAACCGAACAGCAGCAUCGUUGUCGAGGACGAAUCGGAAAUGGACAGCGAAACCAGUUCUCUUUAGUUGAUGUUGUAGCUUUGUUAGAAAAUGUAUAAUAUUAAGUGUUUUUGCGAUGGACCGUUCGAAAAACAAUGCAUGAAUUACAAAGAUUUACUAAUUCUGUAAACAUCA